AUGUCCAAAGUCAGGGUUAUAGUGGUGGGAGCUGGAAGCAGAGGAGACAUCUACUCCAACUUUGCCACUAUCCAUCCAGAUCGAAUGAAGGUGGUGGGGGUAGCAGAUCCAAGAAAGUUUGCCCGCACAAAGCUUCAGCAGCGACACAAUAUUGACAAUGAAAAUGUAUUCGAAGAUUGGGAAAGUAUGGCUGGGAGAGAGAAGUUUGCGGAUGCUGCUUUAAUUUGCACUCCUGACAGACUUCACAAGGAUCCUGCUGUUGCCUUUGCACAGAGGGGCUACCACAUCCUCCUGGAGAAACCAAUGGCUACCACUCCAGAAGACUGCACCGCCAUCGUGUCGGCCUGCACUGGGAGUGGAGUGAUGCUGUCUGUGGGUCACGUCCUUCGCUACGACCCGACCAUCCACAGGAUCAAGGAGCUCAUUGAAGAAGGAGCCAUCGGGGAUGUGAUCCAUAUUCAGCACUUUGAACCGGUCGGCUUUUAUCACUUUGCACACUCUUUUGUCCGGGGAAACUGGAGAAACGAAGCAGAGAGUUCUUUCGCACUUUUGGCCAAAUCAUGUCACGACAUCGACCUGAUCCAUCACUGGGCCGGAGCGCGCAGAUGUGUCAAAGUGUCAUCGUUUGGUUCUGUCAGUCAUUUCAAUAAGGCAAACAAGCCAGCAGAUGCCGGAGACCGCUGCCUGGACUGUCCCAUAGAGCCACAGUGUCCAUACUCUGCCAAGAAAAUAUAUCUGGACGCAGUAAAACAGGGUCACAGUGGAUGGCCCGUGUCGGUCAUCUGUCCAAACUCAUACCCCGACAUAGAGUCUGUGACAGAGGCUCUGAGGAGCGGCCCGUACGGACGUUGUGUUUACCAGUGCGACAACGACGUGUGCACCAACCAGGUUGUCAAUAUGGAGUUUGAAGGUGGCGUGACAGCGGCCUUUUCCAUGGUGGCUUUUACGGAGAAGCUUUGUCAAAGACAGACCACCAUCUAUGGAAGCAAGGGAGAGCUCUCGUACGACGGGAAUGGAGUGCGAGUGUUUGACUUCCUGACCCAAAGUUCCACUAAGCACCGGCCUCACAGCGACGUCCCGGCCUUCGGGAUGAAUGGACAUGGAGGAGCAGACUACCACCUCAUGAACGCCUUCAUCUCUGCCGUGGCUACCAAUGAUCCGUCGCUGAUCUGCUCCGGUCCAGAGGAGACGCUGCUCAGUCACCUGCUGGUGUUUGAGGCCGAGCGCUCCCGGCUCCAGGGCCAAGUGGUGCACUGUGGAGCUGACCACGGCAAACAGCAAGGAACUUAA